AUGGCACCUUCUACACCACCUUCUACACCACCUCGAAAGCGUCUAACACGAGAUCAACGUCGAGAGAUUCUGUUAAUGCGUCGACUUGGCUAUUCGUACGAGUUUAUUGCCUCAUUUCUAAAGGUUUCUCAACGCGCAGUUCAAUAUACCUGUCAAAAGCAACGGGCUACUCCACAGCAUUCCAACGCAGGUAGGCCUCCACGGCUUACUAAGGAAGAGGCGGAUUACGUUGAACAGUUCGUUAUACAGUCAAGAAAGACUAGAAGAAUGUCCUAUUUACAAGUAGCAGAAGCACUAUGGCCUGAGGGAGAAGUUAGCGCCGAAUCGAUCCGAUACGCUCUUCAUCAACGAGGCUAUCGACGCCGAAUCGCUCUCCGAAAGCCACCUCUCUCUGAGGCUAAUCGACAAGCACGACUCGAAUGGGCACUCGAACAUCGUUCCUGGACAAAAGAGCAGUGGAAUCAGAUUCUCUGGAGCGAUGAAACGUGGAUAACAGGCUAUAGACAUCGACGGACGUUCGUUACUCGAAAGGCUGGCGAGGAACUAAACUCAGACUGUAUAGUCGAGCGAGUUCCACGUCCAAGAGGAUGGAUGUUCUGGGGCUCUUUCAACGCCAAUAUAAAGGGUCCUUCUCUCUUCUGGGAGAAGGAAUGGGGUUCAAUCACCUCCGAGACCUACUGUGAACGAAUAGUUCCGUUGAUUCAGGGUUGGAUUCGUCUAAAUCCAGGGCUUCUAUAUAUGCAGGAUAACGCUCCUGCCCACGCCGCGAGACUUACUAUAGACGAGCUACAAGAGCGUGGUAUUAACUGCAUCUUCUGGCCUGCCUUUUCGCCAGAUCUCAACCCCAUUGAGACGGUAUGGAACGAGAUGAAGGAUUGGCUAGCUCAGCACUACCCACAGCCACCUACCUCGUACGACCAACUUCGCCAGCGAGUGAAUGAAGCCUGGAACGCGAUAGGACAGGACCUUCUACAACAACUGGUAGACGAGAUACCACAACGCUGUCAGGACGUGAUAAACGCGAAUGGCAUGCACACCAAGUGGUAG